UCGACAGAAAUUUCUACGUACGUAAUGUGAAAUUAGCCUCUAAAUCCAAAUUCAGGGAUUAUGUUUUGUCGCGUGAUGGCUCAAAUCCAUCAAUGAAUUAGUAUUCUUUUGUUGUUUAGACGCUGGAGAAAUGGAUGGACAAAAAGCAGCUGGGUGUGUGUUCAUGUGUCGGCUGUGCAACCUCUUCUCUCCCAGCCGCCAUCAGCUGCUGGCCCAUUGCUCCACGCUGCACCCCGAGAAGGAGCCUCCUGAUGAGAUCAUCAUUGCACUGCAGCCCCUUGUAGGAGGGCCUGCGGAGACACCGGCAGAGAGCCCAGUGAAGCGAAAACGGGGACGACCGAAAGGCUCUACGAAGAAGACACGCACAGAUUUGACAGAGGGCAAGGCUGACUCCACCCAUCCUGCAGAGGAUAAUGUUCAAAGAGAAGAAGAAAGGAAUAAGGAGGAGGGAGACAGACAAUGUAGCUCGAUACAAGCAGAAAGCCGUGAUGGGAUGUUGGGGCUGGAAUGCAGAGUCUGUCAUCGCUCGUUCAGCAACAGACGACAGAUCCUCAAACACAUCUGCCUGAGAGAGGAGGAAGAGGAGGACGAUGAAGAUGAGAAUGGGAGCAUCUGUGGUGGAGCAGGAGUCGAGGGUUCUGGGAGUUCGGAUACUGGGGGUGUCGAUCCAAACCAGAUGCAGCAAAACUCAGCAAGACCAGGACUCAUGAGAGAAAAAGAAGUCGGCAGCUUAAGACCCCAGAGAACCAGCCGAAGCCGCACCUCCAAAGAAGGAGGCCAAGCAACAGGAAACAAAAAGUCAGUCAUCAGUGUUGUUCUGACAGAAGAUAAAUCACUUCCAGGUGUAUCUAAAAUGAUACCAGUAGAGGACACUUCAGCAGAAAGAGAGUCUGCAGCUGUCCAAGGUCAACCUCAGCCAUCUGCAGUCUUCCAGAGUCAGUCUAAAGACCUUGUAAGAGAUGCCACUGCCAGCGAAGUUAACCCUAAAACAGAUCAGGAGCCAAGUUCUGACUGGACCUCCACAACAACAACAGCAGCAGCCAGCAGAGGCUUCCAGGAAUAUUCUAUCAAGCAAGACGCUGCCAAUUUACUUCAGAGCCAGCUGAAGAUCUUUGCCUGUGAGUUCUGUAACAAGAUCUUUAAAUUCAGACACUCACUGGUCGCCCACCUCAGGACACACACCCAGGAGAAACCAUUCCAGUGUCCACACUGUGACUACGCAUCAGCCAUCAAAGCCAACCUGAAUGUUCACCUGAGGAAGCACACAGGAGAGAAGUUUUGCUGUCAGCACUGUCCUUUCAACUGCCUCAGCCCAGGACACCUCAAGGUGCACAUCGAGCGAGUCCAUUUGAAGGUGAAGCAAUACUGUCGCUUCUGUGAGAAAAAGUACUCAGACGUGAAGAACUUGCUGAAGCACAUGGAGAAACGACAUAACUUGAAAGACCCUGCUGUUCACCAGAGUUACCAACAGCUCAGGUUAAAGACUCGCCAGGGCCUCAGGCAGCUCCUGUACCACUGUCCUACCUGUAACCGACGCUUUAAGAACCAGCUCGAGCGGGAACGCCACCUGUUGGUCCACGGGCCCCAGCGUCCCUUCGCCUGCCUCCUCUGUGACCAUGCUGCAACCAAGAUGGCCGCCCUAGCUGUUCACGUCAGGAAGCACCUUUUCCUAUACUUGUGCUGCGUGUGUGAUGGAAAGUUUGUCAGCUCUCAGAGGCUGAAGGCUCACCUGAAAGAGUCUCACGCUGAGCUGGACCAGGAGCAAGCCUUCACCGACUGCAUCAACAACAGCUACUAUCUGAUGCAGCCUGGGGGAGGCGUGUGGGGGGAUGAAGAUAUAAGGAUAGAUGCAGAGGGGGAGAUGAAGGAAGAGGGCAGGAUAGAGCGUGAGGGUGAAGAUGAAAGCAUGAGAGAAGAGGGUAGAAGAAAUGGUGUAGGAGGGGGAGAGUGGCGAAACGGGGAAGGGGAGCAGCUGGAAGUAGCAGCGAGUGUAGAUGGGGAGGAGAUGACGGAGGGAGAUCGAGCUAAAUCUGCAGAUAGUGCAGAAGAAGUGCAGGUGAUAGAAGGAGUGACAGGGAACGAAGCAGAAUUAGAAAACAGAGGUGCACAGCAAGGUUCCCAAGAAGUGCUUCAUCAAGCUAUUUCCACAGAGCCUACAUCUUCCUCUGAGAGACGGGCUGAAGCAGCAGCUGAGGAGGAGUCACAGGACAACACAGACCCCUGCACCCCUGCAGCUGAACAGACAUUUUUAUCACCAGAGAGCAUUCACACUGCGCUCAUGGAGGACAGGACUAAAGAAAACACACACCCAACUGAUGAGAGCACACGUGCAGCCAAAAACACAAACACACCUUUGUCUGCAAGCUUGUGUGAUUUAGGUGUACACACGCAUUUGUCAUCAGCGCCUCCAGGGGAUGAUGGACAGAAUCCACAAUCAGGAAGGGUGUUUGAGGUUUUCCACCAGAGUGCGUUCCAGCAGGUUUUCUCAUCUCUUCAGAAGACUCGGCUUAAUAUAGAGUCUUUCCAGCGACUCAGGAAAAUUUACGGAGACCUGGAAUGUCAAUACUGUGGUAAACUGUUCUGGUACAAAGUCCACUAUAAUGUCCAUGUACGCACACACACCAAGGAGCACUCGCAUUACUGUUCAAAGUGUAGCUACUCUUCCAUCACCAAGAGCUCUUUAAAGCGGCACCAGAUCCAGAAGCACAGCGGGUUGCUGCUGCCUUGUUCGAAUCCUGGCUGUAAAUACACCACACCUGACAAAUACAAGCUUCAAGCCCAUUUGAGGACGCACCAGGAACAAGGGAAGAGUGUGACUUGUCCUGUCUGCCAGCACAGCUAUCCUGAACACAGGCUAAAACACCACAUCAAAACAUCCCAUCCUGACACACUACCCAUUCAGGGCAAAGGACUGAUGGUGCAGCGUGCAGAGAAGUGCCCUUACUGUGACUCCUACUUCCUAAAGAACAGCAGUGACUUUCAGCGGCACAUCUGGGCCCACCAAGGUUUGAAGCCAUACGUCUGCAGCAUGUGUGACUAUGCAGGCCGCAGCAAGAGUAACUUGAAGACUCAUAUGAACCGACACAACACAGAGAGGCGUCACCUCUGUGAUCUGUGUGGUAAAAAGUUCAAAUCUAAAGUGACGCUGAAAAGCCACAGACUGAGCCACACUGACGAAGGGAAACCUUUUCAGUGUUCGGAGUGCGACUUCACCUCAGUCUCUAAACCUUCCUUGCUCAGACACAUGGAGCAGCACGCCGAGUUUAAGCCAUUUCGCUGUGCCCACUGCCACUACUCCUGUAACAUUGCUGGUCCCCUAAAGCGACACUACAACAUCAAACACCCAGAUCAGAAAUAUCACAAUGCCGGACCUGGACUGCCUAACCCCGAUGCUCUGAAACAGCAAGGUGGUAUAAAGUGUCCUGAAUGUGACUUUGUGUAUGGCACCAAGUGGGAGCUGAACCGCCACCUGAAGAGCAAACACAGCCUGAAAGUGGUGGAAGGCACCUGGGAGGUGGGAGAGGCAGUAGAAGCCCAGUAUGUUCCUGUGGAGGAUGAAGAGCAGCUGACAGAAGCACCUGUAGCAGCCCUGCAGGAAAACGUUAAUAUCCAGCAGAUCACUGAAUUCAGUUCAGAGACUCACGAGGCUGUCACCUCCAUGAUUGCCAUGGCUCCAGGCACUGUUGCAGUCGUCCAACAGGUAGCUGAUGAGCAGGAAGUCGGUAACUGCAGCAACCAGCUGAUGGUGGUGAACGCAGAGGGGGGUCUAACUGGUGACCAGGUGAUGGUGGUGGAGGACGCGCAUGGCCUGGAGGCUCUGACAGUCCUCACUCAGGGAGAAAAUGCUCACCACUAUAUUGUCUACGUUCAGGAACACACUGUAGAAAUCAACUAGCAAUGCUAGCAUUUCAACACAAGACUGCUGAUCAGUGAGUGUCAGUAGAUACGUUUACAAAAGUGAAACAACAUAAAAUGUACCAAUAAACAAGAAAAUCAGGAUUUAGUGAAUGUUUCCCCAUCAUCAUGAAGAAUUUCCUUCAUCAGAUUUAUUUUUUAGUCACAUGGUAAUUAUGUAAAAAAUAAGUGCAAUACUUGAUUGUGUGAUUAUGUGAUGUGUUUUGUACUUACAAAGUAUAUUUACAUAAAAUCCCUGUCAUGCACUCUUUGACGCAUUGU